UAGACACAGGGCAAGGUCCUAACAAAUAAACCUCGGCGGUUGCGGCAGACUCAUUUUAAGCGUCGAAAUGGAGGGAGAAGAAGAUUCGAGUGGUUCUUUAAAUAGUUCAUAUAACAAACUGAUUCAUCAAGAGGACUCCAGUGAAGAUAAUUACAGUCUCAACUCAAACCAAGACAGGCAACAAGUGUCCGUGUUGAUGGUGAGGCCUGAAUCCCGUUUGGAUCAUCACAAACUGCUCACUGUAAGCCUGGCGCUGCUUGCUGUCCUUCUCUUAGCAGGUGACGUUGGCCUGGGUGUUUAUUAUAAAAAGCUAACUGAUGGACAGGAUGCAAAUGACAUCAGCAGCGAGUUGGCCAAACUGCGAGCUUCUCACGACUCUGCAAUCCAAAGCAGGGAUGAAGCCAGGAAGCAGCUGGAAAGUGAGAUCAACGGGCAGCAACUGACCAAAUGGGAGAUUGAACACCAGAAUAGAAGAACCAAAUACUACGAAGAGCUCAGUGACAAAAUCCAAAUGAAAGUUUCGACGUUGAAGUCCCACAUCCCAAUGAUCAACGGCUGCAGGCACUGUCCACCCGGGUGGACCUUCAUGAACUUGUUGUGUUACUACUUCCCAUUCUCUGAAGUGAUGCAACACAGAUCAUGGAACGAAGCAAGACAGUUCUGCAGAAACCAAGGAGGUGACUUGGCAGUGGUAGACACCAGAGAGAAACUCAUGGCAAUAACUAGCUUGAUAAAUAAUUAUCAACGCCCCUCAGGCCCGAGGGGUUUUUGGAUCGGAUUGACAGAUGUGGAGGAGGAAGGGUCUUGGAAAUGGCUGGAUGGAACAAGGCUGAUUGAGGGAUACUGGAAUGAUGGAGAGCCCAACAAUUCGGGUAAUGAGGACUGUGGAGCAACAUAUCCCAACACGAACCCCUUUAAGGCCUGGAAUGAUGCGCCAUGCAAUCAUGGACUGAAAUGGAUUUGCCAAAGAACACCAGGUGUUAAUGUGGCAUUUUGAAGUCACAUUUAGUUAACAUUUAAUUGUUUGAAUAAAAACUGAAAUGUUU